AUGGCCGGAUAUAAAAGAAAUCAUGAUUUAUUUUAUGCUCCCGCUUCCAAUAAUAAUGAAGAAAACCUAUUAGUUGAUAACAAUGGUGGACGAUCAAAACGCCAACAUUCUGAAACUAAUGAUAAAGAAAGUAUCUGUUGGAAAUAUUUUGAACCAUUCCAAGUUCCAAGAGAGAAUGGAAUAGAAACAAAAUGUACGAUUCCUGGAUGCACAACAAAAUAUAUGUGGUGUGGAUCUACUUCUAAUCUUAUUAAACAUCUUCGAACUAAGCAUGGUAUAAUAAAAUCUUCUUCAUCAACUUUAACUUCUACGACAUCAACCACCAACUUGGUUAAUUCCGAGUUAAAAAUUAAUAUUUCAUUAAUUAAACUUUUUAUUUCUUCUUCUGGAGUACCUCUUAGUUUUAUUGAUAAUUUAAAAUCUGCUGGGUUUAUCAAUCCACAAUACGAAUUACCUAAUUCUAAUAUUCUGAAAAAACAAAUAAUCAAUGC